UGGCGGAAGGCGGUAGGCGAAGUUGUCGACAUGCAAACAUAAACCCCGUGCUGCUACGCUCCUGCUUGGGAUUGUACCUCACCUAUUCUAUUCUUUAUUAUUAUUGUUGUUGUCAUUCGCGACGACAACAACCUCUGCUCUAUUCGGUGUUUGUUCUUUUUAAUCGAAGCAAGUACAACCCACCAACAAUCCCGUGAAAACUGCCUUCAAAUCCCUGCGAAGGAUGCAGCCUCAGUCGGAGCACAUGAACACGGUGGAGCUCCGCUACGUGGACUACCCGACGGCACUGUUGCUGCGGAUGAACGAGCUGCGGAUCGCCGGUCACUUCUGCGACGUGACGGUGGAGGUGGACGGUGUCCACUACCGGGCACACCGCUCAGUGCUGGCCGGUGCCAGCAGGCUCUUCGAAAACCUCUUCACGCAGCACCAGAGCCAACCAAUGAAGCUCUACCGCCUGGACUUCCUCACGGCGCGAGCCUUCGGGCUUGUGCUCGAGUUCCUAUACACCGCCUCGCUCAAGGUGGAUGUGGGCGACCUGGAGGUGCUGCGAUCGGCCGCGCAGAUCCUCCAGCUGGGACCGCUCGAGCAGGUGUGCGGGCUGGUGCUGCAGCAGGGUGUGGUAACUGCCGUGACGAGCUCCUCCGCCGCCGUGUCUGCCAUGUCGGGGCUCACCGUGAGUCAGGUGGUGGAGGGAGACGAGCUCAUGUCGCAGCAGAUCGACGGCGAGGGCCAGGACAUCGGCGAUGGAGGGUUCUGUGAGCCGUACACGGUUGAGACGACCGCUGGCUUUGAUGUGCAGGUGUCGACGCAGGACGCGGUGAACCAGUCGCUCUCAGACAUUGAAAAGCACCUCGUGUCCAUUGCCGAGGGCCGGGACAUAACACUGGAAGUCCCUCAGGAGCAGUCGGAUGAGAGUGUCUGCAAGGUUUUUAGCGAUGCUUCUGAGCAUCAGCAGCAACAGGAGCAGCAAGAAAUUAUGGACAUGCUGGGUCAGCAGAGCAAGGAGCUGCAGCUUGAGACUGAAAUGGCCCAGCCUAGUGGAGAAGUGGUGGUGCUUCCUGUGAAUGAUUUUGAUGAGAUUUCUCAGGCCACUGCUGAAGUGGCUGCCAAUGGGCAAACCCAGGAAGUGAUGAGCACUGAUUGUCAGUUGGUCACCCAUUCAAUGCAAGUGGAGACCCCCAGCACGUCCCAGCCACCACCCAUGUCACGGUGCUUCGUGUGUGGCCUCAAUGUGUCCAACUCCACAGACCUCGGAGCACACUUAUGGAAGGAACACUUGCUGUUCAAUGAAGGCGAAUGUAAAAUUUGUGGAAAGGUUGUUAAUUCAAAAAUUGCAGCACAGAAGCAUCUUCUCUACCAUGCAGGAGAGCGGAAGCUGGAGUGUGCCACGUGUGGGGAGGGCUUUGCCUUCAAGCAGGACCUGUUGCUGCAUAAACGCAAAGUGCACGGACGUGGGAAGUCCUACAUGUGUGACGAGUGCGGCCGGGUCUUUCGUUGUAACGGGAACUUCAUCCGCCAUCUCCGUGUUGUACACAAAGGUCAAAGGCCACAUGUAUGCGAGUACUGUGGCCAGUGCUUUGCGGACGUGGGCAACCUGACACGACACCUGCGCCGCCACCUUGGUGUGGCCACCUUUCAGUGCAGCAAGUGCGAGGAGAAAUGUGAAACCUUGACUCAACUCAAACUGCACCUUCGGACUCACAUAGGUGUGAAACCUUUCGAAUGCAAGAUUUGCCAAAAGCGUUGCCGCAGCUUUUCCUCCAUACGUGCACACAUCGCAAAACACAAUGGGUGCCAGGCCUUCAAGUGCACUCUCUGCGAGUUUGUUACACCGGCCCGUCGCAAGAUGGAACAGCACAUGAAAAGCCACAAGCCAGACGAUGUCCCGGCCGACUGGGCGGUGGAGCAGACCACGAUGUUUAUUAAUCACGAACCACCCAAGCCCCAGGAAGGUGGCGCAACAUAGUUGUGCCAUCAACAUUUCAGAAUAUGGCAGCUGAAAUUCUCGUCUGCAGCAUCACAGAUAUGCAAUUUUUUCAUGUUUAUGUUAAUCUUGCAUUACUUUUUCCUUGCUAUAAUUAAUAAAUUGAGAGCUGACGAUGCUAAUGAGGAUUGUCGUAAUUAUGAAUACCAAAAAGAUGUAUUUGGCUAAUUCGGUGUGACUCAUGGGUUUAUGGGUUAAAUUAAUUUUGAUUGGGGAAAAAUGUUAAAUACAAACAGUAUAUAAAAGACUACUCUGUUCAAGUACAUUUGUAAUCAAGCAAGGUUUGAUCUGAAUUGUGUAUAAUUUUCCUAAAGUACCAGAGAUCUGAAUGAUGUAUACAGUUUAAAUAUGCCAUUAUAUAUAUUUUCACUGAGUUUAUUUUUUUGGGUUUAAUAAAAAGUGGUUAUUUUUGUUUGAA